CAUGCUUAUCUCAUGGAGCCCGCUAAAGAAUAUCAAUUUGAGCUCGACCCAUUUCAAAAAGUGGCAAUCGCGUCGAUUGAAAGAUCUGAAUCAGUUUUGGUUAGUGCUCAUACUUCAGCUGGUAAGACAGUUGUAGCUGAAUACGCGAUUGCUCUAGCAUUGAAAAAUAAACAGAGAGUAAUCUAUACAAGUCCGAUAAAGGCUUUAAGUAAUCAAAAGUAUAGAGAAUUAGAAUCAGCCUUUAAUGAUGUGGGAUUAUUAACAGGAGAUGUAACGAUCAAUCCAAACGCGAGCUGUUUAGUGAUGACAACGGAGAUUUUACUUGCGAUGCUUUACCGCGGUAAUGAUGUUAUUAUGCGAGAAGUCUCAUGGGUUGUUUUUGAUGAGAUUCAUUAUAUGCGGGAUAAAGUAAGAGGUGUAGUUUGGGAAGAAGUAAUAAUAUUAUUACCCCAACAAGUACAUAUUGUUUUUUUAUCUGCAACCAUUCCCAAUGCAAUGGAAUUUGCUGAAUGGAUAUGCAAAAUACAUUCUCAGGUUGACAUAAAUCGUUCAUAUAUUAUAAAAGAAUAUUUCCGUCCUACACCACUACAACACUAUAUAUACCCUUGUGGAGGUGAUGGUAUUUUUAUGGUGGUUGACGAAAAUGGUGUCUUCAAAGAAGAUAAUUUUUUACAAGCGACUCAAUCAUUAUUAUCUGAUCAAGAUUUUGAAUACAAAUCUUUUAAGGAUAAAAAGACUGCCGUAAUUGAUAGGAGCAAAGAUGAAGAAAAAAGAUUGGUAAAAACUGUAUUUGAUAACGCAAUUGAUGUGCUCGAUGUGGAAGAUCGGCAAUUGCCACAAAUAAAAUUUCUAUAUCCCUAUUUAUUACGUGGCAUUGCCGUUCAUCAUUCAGGGUUAUUACCUCUUUUAAAAGAAAUAGUCGAGCUGUUAUUUCAAGAAGGUUUAAUAAAAGUCCUAUUUGCUACUGAGACUUUUGCCAUGGGACUCAACAUGCCAGCUAGAACUGUAGUUUUUACAGAUGUGAAAAAAUUUGAUGGUGAACUUGUUAGAUAUAUAACGUCUGGUGAAUAUAUUCAAAUGUCAGGUCGUGCGGGUCGAAGAGGCAUUGAUACCAGGGGAAUCGUGAUUUUAAUGGCAAGGGAAAAAAUGGCACCCAAUGCUCUUAAGGAAAUGAUUAUGGGUGAAUCAGAUAACUUGAUUUCGGCUUUUCAUUUAAAAUAUAACAUGAUUUUGAAUAUGAUGAGGGUUGAAGGAAUUAGUCCAGAAUUUCUUUUGAAAAAUAGUUUUUAUCAGUUUCAAAAUACUGCUACCUUACCAGCACUUGAAGAAGACCUUCAUAAAGCAGAAUUGGAAUAUUCUAAUUUCAUAAUACCUGACGAAGACGUCAUUGCCGAGUAUUAUGAUACACGUGGAUUAUUGGAUACUUAUGCUCACGAAAUGAGACAAAUAAUAAACCAUCCUUCUAACUGUUCUCAAUUCCUUAAACCAGGCAGAUUGGUGCGAGUAAAACAUGCCGAUAUGGAUUUCGGGUGGGGGAUGGUAGUUGCCUAUGGGAAAAGAGUGGAUCAAAAGUAUCCCGCGGAUUCAACUUUUGAACAAACACAGCAAGAAGCCAGUAAUAAUCAAGACAACCAGAUAUUUUCUGCUGAUAAUUACUUUGUUGACGUAUUAUUAUAUUGUGAUCGAGAUUCUAUUGUUGCUAAGGCAGCUGAUGGAACAACUACUGGUGUAAAACCUUGCAAAGAAAAUGAACCUGGCGAAAUGAUGGUUGUUCCUGUUGAAUUAUCUAGUUUGUAUUGCAUAAGUCAAACCCGUAUUUUUCCACCCAAAAUUCUGGCACUUAAACAAAUUAGGCGAAGUGUCUAUGAUAGCAUUCAAGUAAUAAUUAAAUGUUAUCCUGGCGGAUUAGUCCCACUAGAUCCUAUUGAAGACAUGGGUAUUGAAGAUGAAAAUUUCCAAAAGUUGAUAAGGAAAAUUGAAGUUCUUGAAGAUAAGCUUUUCUCCAAUAAACUUCAUGAUACCCCACAACUUCCGCCAUUAUAUGAGCAAUACGCCAAAAAAGUUGCACUUCGUACUAGAAUAAGAUCCUUAAAAAAGAAAGUCAACAAUGUUCAGUCUAUCUUACAUCUAGAUGAUCUUAAGCACCGUAAACGAGUUCUACGUCGAAUAGGAUAUUUAACAGAUGAUGAUAUAGUUACAGUUAAGGGUCGUGUCGCCUGUGAUAUCAACGUUGGUGACGAAAUUGUUCUCACUGAGAUGUUAUUAAAUGGAGGUUUUAGUGAUUUGUCAGUUGAAAUGAUAGCGGCUCUACUUAGUUGUUUUGUAAUAGAACAGCAUGACAAAGAAAAGGCAAAUUUAAAAGAGGACUUUUACGUUGUUUAUCGUAGACUACAGGAUAUUGCACGUAACAUCGUAGCUAUAUCAAUAGAGUGUAAACUUCAAAUUAAUGAAGAGGAAUACCUAGCCAAUUUUUGCCCAGAUAUGAUGGAACUAGUGCAUAGCUGGUGUCAAGGCAAAUCAUUUGCAGAAAUUAUGAAAUUUGCUCCCAAAUAUUACGAUGGCCAUGUUAUUAGAGUAUUUCGAUGCUUGGAUGAAGUUUUACGAACAAUGGUAAUUGCAGCUAAAAAUAUUGGAAAUUCUGAGCUAGAAAUGAAAUUUCAGACAGCCAUAAGUAAACUAAGACGAGGUAUACCAUUUGCUGCAUCUUUAUAUAUUCAAUGA